UGGCCAGCACAGCAGAACGCAGCAGUCUGUGGACCAGAACACUGCGGUGACCGGAACUGUCGGUAGACCACAACUCUGUGUAGACCAGAGCACUCUGUGGACCAGAACACUGUAGAACUGAACAGUGUUUGGAGCGGAACGCUCCGUGAAUCAGAACAUUCUGUGGAGUCGAUCGGCGUGCGUCAGCAUACCAUGCCGGCCGGGCCCGGUUUCCCGGUUCUGCCUUGGCCCGCCGUCGGGGCAGAAGUCAAGGCGGAGGUUCCGGAGGGUCGGGGUGGCGUGCUGCUCCGGGGUGGUGCCCUGCUCGGAGCGGUCCUGGUCAUCUGCGUGGUGAUGAUGCGCAGGUGGAUCGGCGGCGGCGUCUGCGUCAGUGGCGAGCGGCUGGACGGGAAGACGGUGCUGGUGACGGGCGCCAACACGGGCAUCGGCAAGGAGACGUGCAGAGAGUUGGCGAGGCGAGGCGCCCGGGUGGUGAUGGCGUGCCGAGACCUGUCUCGGGCCGAGCGAGCGGCGGAGGACGUCCGCCGGUCCGCCGGGAACGGCAACGUGGUCGUACGACACUUGGACCUGGCGUCGCUCUACUCGGUCCGGCAGUUCGCCAAAGACUUCGUGGACAGCGAGGACAGACUGGACGUCCUCCUCAACAACGCCGGUGUGAUGAUGUGUCCCAGAUGGCUAACGGAGGAUGGCUUCGAGACUCAGUUUGCUGUCAAUCAUCUGUCUCACUUCCUUUUGACCAAUCUGCUGCUCCCUAAACUGAAGAGCUCCGCCCCCAGCCGCGUGGUCACCGUGUCGUCCGUCGCCCACCGGGGAGGUGACAUCGACUUUUCCGAUUUGUUCUUCAGCUCUCGCGCGUACAGUCCGCUGCAGAGCUACCGGCAGAGCAAGCUUGCGAAUGUGCUAUUUAGCAGAGAGCUCGCGCGCCGUCUCCGAGGUUCGGGCGUGACUUCGUUCUGCGUGCACCCCGGCGUCAUCCGGACCGAGCUGGGCCGCCACGUGGAGGGUCGGUUCCCCCUGUUGGGGGCGCUGCUGAGGCUGCCGGCGAUGCUGCUCAUGAAGACGCCGCGCCAGGGCAGCCAGACCAGCCUGUACUGCGCCGUCACGCCGGGACUGGAGGACCAAUCGGGGAGCUACUUCAGCGACUGCGCCCUGAAGGAGGCGGCGCCGGAGGGGCGCGACGACCGGGUGGCCGCCAGGCUGUGGACAGAGAGCGCGCGAUUGGUCGGAAUCCGAGACACGUGCUGAGCUGACCCUCAGCGGACUCAUUUGAGCCCGCCCCCGGUGGCCGGCUGUAGCGAUGCCGUGUGAAGAUCAAAUAAAAUCGUAAGAUUAGAACUCAAGAUCAGGUCCUCAGUGAAAAUGCGAUACGAUCCUACGUCAAGACAAGAUCGCGAGAUGCAGCAGAUGCUAAAGUAAGAUCACGAGAUCAAAUAAGUUAGAAGAUCAAAGAUUUGUUGUCAAGGUGACAAAAUCAACCAAUAACAUGACGAUUUGUCAAGGUUUGCGAGCGAUACGCUUGCAAUUUUGCCCGAUUGUGACGUCACGCGCCGGCAGCUCAUUGACAUAACUCCGCCGCCCACAGCGCGGUAGCCGGGCCGGGUGAAGAUCCAGAACCAUUUUCAAGUCACCGUCAGACGACACCGUGUGAAACGCUCACGUCUCAGUCGAAAGGUAAGCGGAGCUGCACCGGUACCGUUCGCUUCCGAUAAGCGGUGCAAACUCGAUAGCUCGCCGAAGUCGUCGCCUGGGGUGCGCCCCAACUGACGAGCGGAUGAAGCGCUGCCCCCGCCGAGGAAAAGCGAGCGUGCCGGACGACCGCCCCGAGCUCUGCCUGUAGUUGUCGUGGUAACAACGGCCGUACUCGCCAUUGGCCCAGGAGUAUAGGGGGUGGCGAACAAAAACACUCAAAGCCACUCGCACCCGUUUCCACAGAAAACAUCUUGAGUAGACAAAGAAUGUAUCUAUAUUUGAAUGUUACAAGAUCGCCGCAAUCUUCAAGUUUCAAAAGACGGUUUUAAAAAAAGACAAAGAAGAUACUCAUGAUUUACUUUCCAAAGCCGGAGGGGGCCGCAGAAGGGGGCUAAAGAGCCGCGUGUGGCUCCGGAGCCACAGCUUGCGGGUUGCAGGGGCUCCCUUGCGUGACACGGGACCGCCCCCUCCAAACUAGCUCAUAUUCACUGAUUCGGAAUUGAAAACUGAUCACGUGGAAUCUUCCCGCAAUUGUUCAUCCAUCCGUCCAUUUUCUUGAGCGCUUCUCCUCACGCGGGUCGCGGGCUGCUGGAGCCGAGCCCAGCUAUCUUCGGGUUGCCAGCCAAUCGCAUGACUUCAUCUUUUUUCUUCUUCUUCUUUUCUGUCUUUGACAGAAAAAAAAGACACAAGGUUAAUAUUUAUAUUCACUGCGCCAACUUUUAAGGGAGGAGCUUUGGUUGACACAAGAUGGCGCUGC